AUGUGGCGGGACCUGUUCAAGAAGGAUCUCACCGAAGCUGAAGGAACGGCCGAAGAUGCCGCAGAUAGAAUAAAGCGGAAACGGCAGAUAAGAGCAGCGGACGCUACGAUGUACGGGGUCGAUAUUAGAGAGAAGAAGAGUGCACUACUUGAAGGCAGCGCUGAUACCAUUGGUAGCGAGCAUCACCUGCGCUGUGGCAUACGGAAAUAUUAUCAACACCAUUCGGAAAAGCACUGGUCAACUAUGACAAGCCAAGUGUACAUGAUGCGGUUAUUCACACCUUUGUGGGUCGGCAUGUUGACAUUUAUCAAUCCGUGGAUGAUCCUUCUGAUGAAUCAAGAAGUACGACGUAUGACGCUGGGGAAACAUAUGAGUGAAGAUUCAAGCAGCGUUCAUCCAGCCGUAGCAAGUCAACAGUUCACUCGAACAGCCACGAAAAAGCCCACCUUAUACGAAAAGGAGUAA